CCCUCUCUCUCUCUUAUUACUCGCACUCCCACAAAGCCCCGCAGUUAAUGAAAAUACCAAAAUACCUUAUUAACCAUUAACCUGCCUUACCUAUUCCCACUUCUUACUACCUCAAGCUCUUAUUACUUCAAGCUUCACCUUUUUACCAUAAACUAGAAGCCAACCCAAUUCUUCUCCAGCCAGCAAUAGUCAGCAUAAUUGGCUAGGUGGUAAAUAUGUCCGACGAAAAGGAUACCGACUACUCGCUAGCAAACCCAGACACCCUUACCAAGUACAGGGUCGCAGCCACUAUAUCGGAGAAAGUUCUGGCCGCCGUAUCCAAGUUGUGUGUUGCAGGCGAGAAGGUUGUCACUAUCUGCCAGAAAGGAGACAAGCUCAUUGAAGAAGAGGUUGCUAAAGUCUACCGCACAACUAAGCUUAAGGGCUUUUCCCACCCCACGACUGUCUCUCCGGCUUCAUACGUGACUCCCUAUACCCCCUUGGCAUCCGAUAGCGCCGAAGCAAAUGUCGAGCUUCAGGCAAGCGAACCUGUAAAGAUCCAGCUCGGUGCGCAGAUAGACGGAUUUGGUUCCAUUGUCUGCGACACAAUUAUCGUUCCGCCGAAGGAGGGAGCGGAAGAUGUCAUCACCGGUCGCUCUGCCGACUUAAUACUCGCCACGUAUUACGCCAAUGAGCUCCUCCUACGUCUCUUGGUUCCCCCCGGAUUACUAACAGCCGGAAGCGAUGAGGAGAAGGCGAAAGCUGCAGCAGUGAAACCCCCUACUCAGACCAAGAUUACCUCUCUCUUAGACAAGGUUGCCAAGAGCUACGAGUGCAACCUGGUAGAGAGCACAACCUCCUGGCUAUUCGACCGCAAUGAUAUUGAAGGCAAGAAAAAAAUCGUGAUUGCUCCCGCAGAAGGUACUAAGGGAGAGGGCUUCCCUGAAAUAGGCGAGGUAUGGGGUGUGGAGAUGGGCUUGAGUUUGGGUUCUGGCAAAGUCAAAACGAUCGACCAGCGGGCAACGCUACUCCGCCGCACGAACAAUACAUACAUCCUGAAGUCGCAAACCGCGCGCAAGACGUUGUCUACUAUCCAGAGCAAAUUCGGUCACUUCCCUUUCAGCUUGAGACAACUCGAGGAGGAAGGUGGAGAUACCAAGUACAAGGUCGGAGUGUACGAAGGUGUCCGUCAAGGCGUGCUACGACAGUAUGAGUUAGUUGGUGACAAGGAUAGUGCCCAAGUGGCCCGAUUAUUAACUACGCUCGCCAUUACCAAAAAUGGUAUUACGAAGCUCGGUGCGCCGCCUGCACUAGAUCUAAGCAAGUUCCAGUCAGAUAAGAAGAUUACUGAUGAGGAGAUUCUCAAGAUUUUAGAGCAGCCCCUGAGCAAGAAUAAGGGAAAGAGCAAGAACAAGAAGAAGAAGAAGCCGGCAAAGAAGGCCGCUAAGGCGAAGGAUGGAGAAGCCGAGGAGAGCGAGGAUGAGAGCGAGGAGUAGGCCUGUCUACAGCGCACUCUUCCGGGGGCACGUAUUAAGCGAACCGGCAGUGCCUUGAUCAUAGGUGACACUACGCCAGGCGAGUGGUGUGGGCUCCGAAUUGCUUCGUUUAUCGAUUCGAUAUGACUUGCGUGCCUAUCCAGUUCGGCAUUAUGGCGUGUUGCUUCGAGCCACACAGGGCGGUCUGGCACAGAAAAAUGUAUAGUGGACUCCACGCAGUCGGAGGGAAACUGUUUACAUAGGACUCAGCUUAUGUAUCAUUAGUCCCCGUAGAGGGGAAAAAAAGAAACAAAAAGAGAAGAAGAUUUGAGCUGAGAUACGUUGAGAUACGUGUCACAUAUGUGGAAUUUAUCCUAACUGGAAGUCUCUCUAAUGCUAUGAGAAAGCUUGACGCACCG